GGGAAAUGUGAGAAGCUGGGUCAUGCGAUAACUCGGCUCGACGGAAGCUAGCUAUGCGAUUGUGAUUUCAAGGUAGCUGUGAGUUACGCGCUAUGGUCAUCAUAGCAUUGUAAUUUGACGAGUUCAGCAUGGCUGAGUGUAAUGUUGAUGACGAGUCGAAGGGAGCCAAAGUAAAGCAUGAUGAUGUUAUUCCAGGAAGUGAGCGGGAAAAUGGGAAAUCCCCGCUCAACAAUGACGGAUCAGAGAGUGAAAAUGAGGAACUUAAUUGGAAAUACCCACGUGACAGAAACAGUGGGGAUAGCGGGUGCUUGUGUAACGGAACGCUGGAUACAAGUUUGACAAAAUUAGUUACAAAUGGUAAUUCCGACUCUGAGGAACUCAAUGAAGUUGAUGAUGAUGUCUUCAUGCAUUCAGACGAUUUGAAUUCAGACUGUGAAGGGGGAGACAUGUUGGCAACUGAAAAAGCCAUACAUCUUUGUAAUGGCACCAUGGACAUGGCUGUUAAUGUUUCUGCUUGCCAACCCUGUGGAACUGACCCAGUAUGUGCUAUAAUUAAGCAAGAUUUCUCAAACGAACAUGACAGUUUGACUGUAUACUCUGUGAAUUCAGCGUGCCGGGUGUUUGAUUUUAUAGACGAAAGCACAGAGGCAGAUUCAAUGCCUCUAGGAGAAAAUGGCUCGUUGUCCGAGUGUUCUGACAGUUCGUGGAAUUCAACGUUUAGCACAGAAAGCCACCAAGACGAGUUGUCUGUCCAAUGCAAAGAAUUCAUGGCAAUAUUUGUGCAUUUAAUAUUCAGCAACAGUGGUUCGAUCACCCAGACUGAGAAGGCAAAGUUUGGUCGUCUUUGCCAGCAUAGCGCAGGACGACUCUGGUUUUCUAGACAUGUCAACGCACAAAGAGUAAAUUCGCAGAAAGUCAGCGAGCAGAUAUUUUAUCGAUUAGUGCAGUUUUUUGCUGUCUGUUUAUUUGAAUGUGACAAUGCUGAUGAUUUUGUUCCUGCCAAGUCUUUAAUGAAUAUGUGCUUUACUUUCUACCAUGAACAUGAGGGUUUCCCAAGAAAUGAAGCAAAGACCACAAGAGGCUACUUGUACAGUUUCUUGAAAGAUCAACCGAUAUGGCAAUCGCUACGUUUCUGGAAUGCUGCUUUCUUUGACGCUGUACACUGCGAGAGAGAACAGAGAUCACCAAUUCACAGGGAAAAUUGGCGACGCAUGACAUCAGCAGAACGCGAGGAUACUCUACAACAAGACGAGAAUAUCACGUUUGGACAGCUGGUUACUUUCACUAAUAACAUGAUGUCAUUUGGGCUUACCAAAGACCUAUGCCUCAAGUUCUUUGAAAAACAGAGUGUAAUUGGGAAUCUCAGCGAAGAUCAAAAGAAAUUGAUAAAAGAUAAUAUAGAAGAGCUGUCAAAGUCACAGAGAAAAUCAGUUGAGUCUUCUGCCAGUCGAGGAAUACUGUCAUCGUUAAAUAUUAUGAAACGGUCAAGCAGGCGUCGUAGUAAAAGUAAAAGCACAUAGGAAAUGAAUGCGACUGUAAAUCUGGUUAAUGUGGUUAUUGAGUCCUUGUGAGGAGCGCUGUACACUUGUGAUGUCCAAUGCUUACCAUGUAACCUUGUGCUCUAUUGAUUGUGGUUGUGCAACAUGAAAUCUGAAUUAUGUUUCAUUUCCUGGUGUCAAAUCAUAUCCUUUAUAUAGGUCAAAUAAUAAUUACAUAUAUAUGUAUAUAUAUUAUGAAAUAAUAACAAUGUUAGAAUUACAUAGAUUUUUGUGUUUUGUUAAC